UGAUUCGCGCUCUGUGUAGGCUUGUGAUGCAGUGUGUGAUGGAAUGAUUUUCUUAGUUGCAAGUCAACAUGUACAAAGUUCAUCAAGGUCCUAGCAAAUUUAACGUCCAUAACAGAAGGGUUCUGACGCAACAACUCGAUCCAGGCACCGAAUCAAAAGACACAAGACCAGAGUUUAAUGGAAACGGAAUGAGCUCAUUGAAGCCAGUUUUUCACAGUCAGACUCUAUCAGACAAGUGGCAAGGCCAUCACUCUCGUUCACCCAACAUGGAUGCAGGUGUACCUGGAGAUCAAUUGACGCCAGUUCACAUCGAAAAAGUCAGAAUGCUCAACGAGGCAUGGUUGAGAACAAAACGAGAAAUUGAAGAAGCAAAGCAACAAAGAAGACCUGACGGUGAGACAUCGACUGUUGAGUACCUGGACAAAAGAGAACACCCAGUUUUUCAAAAUUUUGAGCCAAUGGACUUGGAGAAAGAGCAGCUAGCCUAUAUGAUGUGCAACCAAGACACAACAUAACACAGGCCAGCCAAUAACAUAUAUCUAUUUAAAAACUAUAAAGAAGAAUCUAUAGCAGAAAUAUCCUACAGAUUAUAUCAUGUGAAGAGUGUGUGUGUUUUUCUCCUUCCACUUUGAAGAUAUCGAUGGUUUGUGUCCAUAGAGCUGGUAAGCAGAAAGAAUUGCUUAACAAAAAGACCAGAGCCCAUUUUCUUGUUUAGCAGGAAAUGCCGCUUGACAAAAUUCUCUGCCUAGCACAAAUUGAGUGGGCACCAGUCGCAACAGUGUAAACUUCAUGGAAUGUUUUUCCUAAGCAAGAUUUUCCUGACCUGUGCUUAGCAUUUUUUUUUUGCUUACAGACUUCAUGAAAUUUGACAAAGGGCCCACUUUUAAUAGCCUGUUAGCACAGAAAAGGAGAAACAGGCUACUAGCCAACAUUCCAUAAAGUUUAGACUGUUGCCACUGGUGCCCCACUCAUUUCUUGGCUCACCAAAGACGAAAGUUGUUGAGCAGCAUCUGAUGACCAGAUUUGUUUGAAAACGUCCUUAUUAGGUAUCGUACUACAAACAGUUGGUGCCCGCCCUUAAAAACGUCCUUAUUAGGUAUCGGACUUCAAACAGUUGGUGCCCGCCCUUAAAAACGUCCUUAUUAGGUAUCGGACUUCAAACAGUUGGUGCCCGCCCUUAAAAACGUCCUUAUUAGGUAUCGGACUUCAAACAGUUGGUGCCCGCCCUUAAAAACGUCCUUAUUAGGUAUCGGACUUCAAACAGUUGGUGCUCGCCCUUAAAAACGUCCUUAUUAGGUAUCGGACUUCAAACAGUUGGUGCCCGCCCUUAAAAACGUCCUUAUUAGGUAUCGGACUUCAAACAGUUGGUGCCCGCCCUUAAAAUCGUCCUUAUUAGGUACCGGACUUCAAACAGUUGGUGCCCGCCCUUAAAAUCGUCCUAAUUAGGUAGAGGACUUCAAACAGUUGGUGCCUGCCCUUAAAAACGUCCUAAUUAGGUAUCGGACUUCAAACAGUUGGUGCCCGCCUUUAAAAACGUCCUAAUUAGGUAUCGGACUCCAAACGACCAAGCCGUAGUGUUGAAAAUGGCCUCUUAAGCAAAAAAAGUUGCUUGAUUAUUUAUCUGCCAAGUUAAAAAAAACUGCAGGGCACCAGUCUCGACCUGUAUACAACAAAUUGUAUGUUGGCUAGUAGCAUGUUAAUGCUAAGCAUAUACUUUGUGGUAAGCGUUUCCAUGCAAACUGGCCCCAGCUCUGUGAACUCGGCCGAAUGGUUGUGCACUCUGAUAAACUCUGGCUCAGAAAUUGGAUAAAUGCAUGAUUUUUCUUGUUGUAGAAAGUUUACCAGUGAUGAUGGUAAAUUUUGAGUGUUUUUAUGAUUAUCAAAAGAUAAUUUGAUAUUAAUUGAAUCGUUUUUUUUUUUACUUCAGAAUUUAUCAAAAGAAAUAAGGAAAUAAUUAUGGAUGUCUUGUUUUGAUUAUUUAAUUAAUAUUGGAUGUUUUCAUAUCAGAGUGCAUAACCAUCAAAGUAAAUGAUCUAAUGGUUUUCGAUUGUCAUCAAAUUAUUUCCACAAGUGUAAGGCUGGAUUUGAAACUUAACAGGGUGGAGAUUUUUUAGGAGAUACAAUCUAGUAAGAUUUGCAGUAUGUGCAUGAAAAUAAUCUCUGUUUGAGUUGUGAGUGACACAAACUAUUAAAAUAUAACAGCUUUCUUUAUCCAUUUGGCUUGUGGUAGAACAGCAACACUCACUGAUACUUCAGAACUGGCAAGCGUGGUGUUCAAGUGACUGACAACCAUGGAUCAUUUAUCGUUAUCAUUUACUGUAGAAUACAGACUUCCAACCAAGUGUGCCAUUUAAUGAAUGCUUACCUCAAGUCCAAAGUUAUAUUUAUAGAAUUCUAUGAUGUUUAGGUAUAAUGUAUAUCCAGGUGCUUUGUCGUUAAUGUUGUUUUUAUUUUUAUUUUUUUCUUCGAAAUAACAGAAGAUUUACACAUACAUAGUUUGUGUACACUGUUAUCGAGAAGUAUUUUGGAAGAAGAAAAUGAACAUGUUUGAAUUAAUGAACAUGAUCAAAAGCACACACAUUUUUGGAAGGAACAAAGUGUUGGGAGGUGAAACAACAUUUCACACAUGAGCCCUUUAUUGUAGAGAUGCUCUUGGUUUGAACUGCUAUAGGGGGAUGGAAUUUCUCCCCAGUCCAGGCGCUGUUAUUUUUCAUGGGUAUAAUUAUCAGAGCAAUAUGCAAACACAAGGCAACUUUUGCAUGCAACUUUGAGGCAUUGAGGCAACAAACUGUAGUGCAUGCUUCAAGACCACUUUGGUAGCACACAAGUAAUCUUUUAAACAAUGUGUUAUAAAUCUACUUUUUCAACACCCCCAAAAAUAUCUGGAUCCAAGUUUUA